UCAUUGAAAAAACGAUAAAAUUUGAAAAAAGCAAAUUUUUGUUUGAAAACAAAAGAAAAGUUGGUUUAAAGAAGAAGAAGAAAAAUUAGGAAAAGAAGAAGAAGAAAGUACUUAUUUGCGUGGUUAAUAUGGAAAGAAAGCAAAAGAGGCAAAAAAAUAUGGCAAGGGAGAAAAAUUCGAAAAAACUAAAAUUAAAAGAUUGAAAGUAAAAAAUAAAUAAUUUUUGGAAAAAGUUGUUGGUAAUUUUUUUUUUUAAAUUUUUGGUGCAAAAGAAGAAGAAGAAAAAGAAAAAAUGGCUGCUUGUCAUCCUCGGCCACCACUUCAACAUUUGCAGCAUCAGCAGCAACAGCAGCAGCAUCACCAUCAUCACCACCACCAUCAUCAUCAUCCGCAACUGCAGCAGCAACAGCAGGAGACGAAUACAACGAUAAAUCUCGGUGGUAUCACAUUGAACGGCAUUGCUCCUCAAACACCGCAGCAAAUCCAUCAGCAGACCCACUAUGCACAUCCACAUCGUUUGAAUUGGGUCUACUUGACAAUAGCCGAUCAAACGCCAACCACUGAGCAGAGCAAAUUAUUGUCAACAACAUGGGGAAGCUUUCCAACUGCAACGCCACAAACUUAUCUUCAUCAGAGUAUUAUCAAUCAAUCGGGCACAAUUGGCGGCAAUUUGGGCGACAGUAUUGGCGAUUUGGCGGAGCAUUUCAUGGAACUUGGAAUUAUCGACAGAAAACCAACGAAACGACCUCCCACGAGUUACAUGUGUCAUCUUUGCUUUAAAAAGGGACACUACAUCAAGGAUUGUCCUCAGGCUCGACCAAAGGGAGAAGGCCUCACACCGUAUCAGGGAAAAAAACGUUGCUUUGGCGAAUACAAAUGUGCAAAAUGUAAACGAAAAUGGAUGUCGGGCAAUAGUUGGGCCAACAUGGGCCAAGAAUGCAUCAAGUGCCAUAUAAACGUCUAUCCCCACAAACAGAGGCCACUGGAAAAACCAGAUGGACUAGACGUUUCCGAUCAAAGUAAAGUUCAUCCUCAACAUUUGUGUGAGAAAUGUAAAACUCUCGGCUAUUAUUGUCGACGAGUUCAAUAAAAAAAAAUCAAAACCUUCCUAUUUAAGAAAAAAAAAUUUUUUGAAUGAAAAAAUUUUAAAAAUGAAAAAAUAAAUUUAAAAAGC